UUCUUAUAAAUUGCUACCCUCACUUGUGAUCUUCCACAUUUUUCAAACCAUUUCUCUCUCUCCAUUCAUAGAAACAAAAAAUUCAAAAUCUAGAAUCCAAUAUUCCCUUUCUUCUUCUACAUAUUUUCAGCCAAAACUUCCACAUAUUUUCCAGGUUCUCUCCAAGCCUUACCUCAACACAAUGACGAACCAAAAAUUGGUCAUUCCCGACGCGAAAUCGGGCAUUCCGAUGGCCUUUCCCGUCGCAAUGCCCGACUCAGCCCUCUUCCCCCUCAGCGGGAACCGCCUCCCGCUGAAGAAGCUCCUCAAGAAGCUCAGCCCCAAUGCGAACGGGGCUCGGAUCAAUGCCCUGCUCGACUCAAUGAGAGCCUCCUCCCCCACAAGGCAGCCCUCGGACGCCGAGGACCACGCCUCUUGGAAUCUCCACCACCCGUCAGCUCUGACGAUGUUCGAGGAGAUCGAGGCCGCCGCCACGGGCAAGCAGAUAGUGGUUUUCUUGGACUACGACGGGACCCUCUCGCCGAUCAUCGAGGAUCCCGACCGCGCCUUCAUCACCAGUGAGAUGAGAGAAGCUGUGAGAGAUGUUGCAAAAUUGUUCCCUUCCGCCAUUGUUAGUGGGAGGUGCAGAGCUAAGGUGUAUGAUUUCGUACAAUUGACGGAGCUUUACUACGCCGGCAGCCAUGGAAUGGACAUUAAAGGGCCAUCAAAAGGGCAUAAAUCACAAAAAAGAGGAAAUCAAACUGUCCUCUGCCAGCCUGCAAGGGCAUUUCUGCCUAUAAUUGAUGAGGUAUACAAAGCUUUGAUAGAGCAAGUGAAGCACAUUCCUGGAGCAAUAGUGGAGAACAACAGAUUCUGUCUCUCCGUUCACUACCGUUGCGUGGAGGAAAAGAAAUGGGUCGAGCUGGCCGAUCAAGUGAAACUGGUGAUCAAGGACUACUCGCAGCUCAGGGUGACUCACGGUAGAAAAGUGUUCGAGAUUCGCCCAACUAUUAAGUGGGACAAGGGGAACGCAGUCGAGUUCUUGUUGGAGUCGUUGGGGUUCGAUGAAUCUAGUGAUGUGUUUCCCAUAUAUGUAGGCGAUGAUAGAACUGACGAAGAUGCUUUUAGAGUUUUGAGAGAGAGGGGUCAAGGACUAGGAAUCCUAGUAUCGAAUGGUCCAAAAGAAACAAAUGCUUCCUACACUUUGCAAGAACCCAUAGAGGUUAUGCACUUCCUAAGACGAUUGGUGGAGUGGAAGAAGGUGUCUUUGUUUAGGCAUUAGCAAUUGUAGAAAGAGAAUUGUAGAGAGAUUACCUAUCUUAUACAUAUUUUAUAAGGGAUAGGGUUGAAUUUCUGUAAUUGUUCUUUUUUUCAUUUUUUGGUAAUUUUUUCAAUUGUAAAUUUUUCCCCAAGGGGUUAUUAAUAUGAAUUUUUAGAAAUUUUCAAGUAA